AUUUUUUAGAGUGUACUAUUAUAAGGAGAGCAAAUAUUAAUGUGCACCACUGUGGCCAAAUGCAUGCCAUAUUUCAUCCCGUGCUCAUCUGAUGCAUCAGUAGAGCAGCAUUAAACCCGCCGUCAGCCUCCAAUCAAACAGUGCUGAAGUUUCAUGAAUGGAGGACAGCAAUCCUACAAUGACAACCUCUGGGAGUAUGGAAGCGCACGUCUGCUCGAUCCUUGUCACACAAUGACGCUCUAUAAGGCGGGUUUGGUUCAGGAACGCUGCUCCGUGCCGCGCGAUGUCUUCGGCUCCGCUGCGCUGUCGUUCGUCAAAGCGAAGCAGGUGAAGUCCUGAAGAGAAUGGCCGUCAGCAGAGCGUCCUCGGAGGGAUGGCAACUUUUAGCAACGCGCCCCUGGACCUCCGGAGACUCUUGCAGAGACUAGUCAUCAUGUUUUCCUUCAGCAUCAUAGGCGCCUCGAUCCUCUACCUUCUGCUGGGACGCUGCGAGCCGGACGCGGGGGACAGUUGGGGAUGGAAUAACAAUAAGACGCCUGAUAGCGUGGAUGCAAACAGCUCAGGGAAGGACCUCCCGCACGCGCUCAUCAUCGGAGUGAAGAAGGGAGGCACGCGAGCGCUGCUGGAGUUCCUGCGGCUGCAUCCGGAUAUCCGGGCGCUCGGCGCAGAGCCGCACUUCUUUGACAGACACUACGCGCGCGGAAUCGGCUGGUACAGACAUUCAAGCCAUGUCAGUGUGGGGCAUUUCUAUUCUUUAAAUUGUAAUAACGCACCUGUCUGUGAGCGCCCAGGUGUGCGAGAGCUGUUUAUUUCCAGCAAGCUGCUGAUGAGGCCAUAGAGUGGCCCAUCUACAAACUCCACCUGCCACCCGCAGCAGCUGAGGCCCGCAUUACCAUACCCCCAUCAUGAUCAAUACCCACGGCACCAUUUGGUUUAUUCAGGAUACCUCAGAGAGGCCCGGCCAAAUGCAGC